AUGCGCACUCUCACGCGCUCUCUCACGCUCCCUCACGCGCUCCCUCGCGCACUCUCAGGCACACUCUCACGCACUCCCUCUCGCGCUCUCUCUCGCGCACUCUCACCACAUUCUCUCUCUCGCGGACUAUCACACGCAUUCUCUCUCUCGCGCUCUCACGCGCACUCACACGCGCUCCCUCACGCGCUCUCUCAUGCUCACUCUCACGCGCACUUUCACGCACUCUCUCAUGUGCUCUCUCACGCGCUCUCUCACGCGCUCUCAUGCGCCCUCUCGCGCUCUCUCACGCACUCUCUCACGCGCUCUCUCAAGGCGCAUUCUCAGGCACACUCUCACGCACACUCUCUCGCGCUCUCUCUCGCGCAUUCUCACCACGUUCUCUCUCUCACGCGCUCCCUCACGCGCUCUCUCACGCGCUCUCUCACAAGCGCUUUCACGCACUCUCUCAUGUGCUCUCUCACGCGCUCUCACGCACGCGCUCUCUUGCGCUCUCUCACGCGCUCUCUUGCGCUCGCUCACGCGCUCUCUCACGCGCUCUCUCACGCGCUCUCUCACGCGCUCUCUCACGCGCACCCUCACGCGCACCCUCACGCGCACCCUCACGCGCACCCUCACGCGCACCCUCACGCGCACCCUCACGCGCACCCUCAUGCGCUCCCUCACGCGCUCUCUCAUGCGCUCCCUCACGCGCUCUCUCACGCGCUCUCUCACGCGCUCUCUCACACGCUCUCUCAUGCGCACACGCUCUCCCUCGCGCUCCAUCUCUUUCUUCUUCAAAUGAAAGAGAGGCGAUGGGGGGGAGUGGGGAGAGGCGACCGCGGGGAGGAGCGAGAGGCGACGGCGGGGAGGAGGGAGAGGCGACCGCGGGGAGGAGGGAGAGGCGACGGCGGGGAGGAGGAGAGGCGACGGCGGGGAAGGAGAAGAUGCGACGGCGGGGAGGAGGAGAGGCGACGGCGGGGAGGAGGAGAGGCGACGGCGGGGAGGAGGGAGGCGACGGCGGGGAGGAGGGAGAGGCGACGGCGGGGAGGAGGAGAUGCGACGGCGGGGAGGAGGAUAGGCGACGGCGGGGAGGAGGGAGGCGACGGCGAGGAGGAGGGAGGCGACGGCGGGGAGGUAAGGGAGAGGAGAUGGCGGGGUGGAUGGGACGGAGUGAUUGUGAGGUGGGUUGGAGAGGUGUCAGCGGGUAGUGAGGGAGAGGAUACGGCUGGAUGGGAGCGAGAGCGACGGCUAGUGAUGGUGCGAGUGAUGGUGGGAGUGAUGGUGCGAGUGAUGGUGCGAGUGAUGGUGCGAGUGAUGGUGCGAGUGAUGGUGCGAGUGAUGGUGCGAGUGAUGGUGCGAGUGAUGGUGCGAGUGAGUGAUGGUGCGAGUGAUGGUGUGAGUGAUGGUGUGAGUGAUGGUGUGAGUGAUGGUGCGAGUGAUGGUGCGAGUGAUGGUGCGAGUGAUGGUGCGAGUGAUGGUGUGAGUGAUGGUGCGAGUGAUGGUGCGAGUGAUGGUGCGAGUGAUGGUGCGAGUGAUGGUGCGAGUGAUGGUGCGAGUGAUGGUGCGAGUGAUGGUGCGAGUGAUGGUGUGAGUGAUGGUGCGAGUGAUGGUGGGAGUGAUGGUGCGAUGAUGGUGCGAGUGAUGGUGCGAGUGAGUGAUGGUGCGAGUGAUGGUGCGAGUGAUGGUGCGAGUGAUGGUGCGAGUGAUGGUGCGAGUGAUGGUGCGAGUGAUGGUGCGAGUGAUGUGCGAGUGAGUGAUGGUGCGAGUGAUGGUGUGAGUGAUGGUGUGAGUGAUGGUGUGAGUGAUGGUGUGAGUGAUGGUGCGAGUGAUGGUGCGAGUGAUGGUGCGAGUGUUGGUGGGAGUGAUGGUGUGAGUGAUGGUGCGAGUGAUGGUGCGAGUGAUGGUGCGAGUGAUGGUGGGAGUGAUGGUGGGAGUGAUGGUGCGAUGAUGGUGCGAGUGAUGGUGCGAGUGAUGGUGCGAGUGAUGGUGCGAGUGAUGGUGCGAGUGAUGGUGCGAGUGAUGGUGCGAGUGAUGGUGCGAGUGAUGGUGCGAGUGAGUGAUGGUGCGAGUGAUGGUGUGAGUGAUGGUGUGAGUGAUGGUGUGAGUGAUGGUGUGAGUGAUGGUGCGAGUGAUGGUGCGAGUGAUGGUGCGAGUGUUGGUGGGAGUGAUGGUGUGAGUGAUGGUGCGAGUGAUGGUGCGAGUGAUGGUGCGAGUGAUGGUGGGAGUGAUGGUGGGAGUGAUGGUGCGAUGAUGGUGCGAGUGAUGGUGCGAGUGAGUGAUGGUGCGAGUGAUGGUGCGAGUGAUGGUGCGAGUGAUGGUGCGAGUGAUGGUGCGAGUGAUGGUGCGAGUGAUGGUGCGAGUGAUGGUGCGAGUGAUGGUGCGAGUGAUGGUGCGAGUCAUGGUGCGAGUGAUGGUGUGAGUGAUGGUGUGAGUGAUGGUGUGAGUGAUGGUGUGAGUGCGGAAUCUCAAAAGUCGACUCAAUGCGGAUACGUGACUCAGAAGUGCUCCCUGUUCACCUUCGUGCUCGUGCGACAACAUUCGGGGCAGAAGGCAAGUGCUCCAUGCUCAGCUUUCGUGCACGUGAGAUAUGGUGUGAGUGCUGCUGUGAGUGCUGCUGUGAGUGCUGCUGUGAGUGCUGGUGAGAGCGCUGGCCUGACUUUUGAGAAUUCUCAAAAUUCAUUACAGUGUGACUAA